AUGUGGAAUCUAACUACUUUAAUACUUACAUUUCUUUUGGUGUUAGAAACUAGUAAUACCAGUGAACAAAAAAUGGAUUCAAAGGCCCUCUCAUCUGCCAUUGCCCAAUUUUCAGCCAAAUUCUGUGUUGAAUUGGAGAAGGGUAAGAGUGUGGUGUCAUCACCACUAUCAGCAGAGUUUGUACUAGCUCUGCUGACCCUUGGUACCUCGGACCCAGCACAUGCUGAGCUUCUGACUGCCCUCGGAAUUCCUGAUGAUGAUUCUAUCCGUUCAUCAUUCACUGAGGUGUCAUCCAGGUUGAAGUCAUUGAAGGGAGUUACAUUUAAUGUAGCAAACAAAGUGUACCUCAAGGAUGGUCCCUAUGACCUUUCACCUUCUCUGAAGGUGGACGCCGAGAAAGUCUUCAAUGCAGGCAUUGAAAAAAUUGACUUCAAUUCUGCAGCAGCCGCUGUUGAAGUUAUAAACAAAUGGGUUGAAAGCCAAACCAAUGAGAAAAUUAAAGAUCUGCUCUCGUCAGACAGUGUGGAUGGUGAUACUCGCCUGGUACUCAUUAAUGCUCUCUAUUUCAAAGGAACAUGGAAGAAGCAGUUCGACCCACAGAACACAAUGAACCAACCGUUCCAUAUUACUGCCAGUUCUUCAGUGGAGGUCCCCAUGAUGUACAGAGAGGACGACUAUUUGUAUGGAGAGAGCAGCGAGCUUCAGGCUCAGCUGUUAGAAAUGCCUUACGUAGGAGAAGAAGCAUCCAUGUUGAUUGUGCUUCCAAAUGAAAUCGAAGGUCUCGACGGCGUACUCUCCAAGCUGGCGUCUGGCUUCGACCUACUAUCCGAGAUUGGAAAAAUGUACAAAACUAAAGUACAAGUUACUAUCCCCAAGUUUAAGAUUGAGACUGAGAUUAACUUAGCUGAGGUGUUGCCGAAGCUUGGAAUACAAUCGAUUUUCAACCGUCAUAAUUCAGGACUGACAAAGGUUUUGAAUGUGGAUGAACCUCUGUUCGUGUCGAAGGCGGUGCAGAAGGCCUUCAUUGAGGUGAAUGAGGAGGGAGCUGAGGCCGCGGCGGCUACUGCUAUGGGAGUCGCCAUGUUUUCGGCUAUGAUCAACCUCCAACCCGUGCCUGCCUUCCUCGCUGACCGACCGUUCAUAGCUGCUAUCCUCAUCGACAGACACAUUGAGUUUGUUGCAGCUUACUAUGCAAACGAAGAAUAA